UGGGAUUAACCUAACCCGGAUUAUAAAUAUCCCACCACUUUCAUUCUCCUCAAAAUUGGGUUUACCCCACCAAUAACCCACUACUUUCACAUGCGCCUACUGCCACAGCCCCCAUUUUUUUAAUGCAAUAAAACCAGGAUAAUGUUCAACUCUUUGAUCCUUCUCUCUCUCUUCUCUCUCUCUCUCUCUCUUUCUUCUCUCUUGCUUCUCCUUCUUCCAUCGUUUUCUGCUUAAAGUCUCAAUAGUACCCUCUUCCUCUUCCUCCUCAAUUGACUUGCGGCCACAACAGAGGAAGACCCUUUUCUGGAUUUUCUGUAAGGUGUAAAGGCCUUUAUAAGUUAAGAAUUUGUUAGCUUGAAUUGGUGUAUAGUGCUAAAGGGUGAAGUUUGAAACCCAGCUUGCUACUGGCAUCAUCAGAAGCUUAUAGGUUGAAUCCAUUUUUUUUUCUGGACAUUUAAGCUAUCUUUUGGGGUAAUAUUCCAUAGGAAAUGAUGAUGAUGUUUGAUGAGAUGGGCCUAUGUGGUGAUUUGGAUAUGUUAUCUGCUCCCCUUGGAGAAGGGGAUAUUGCUUCCCGGCAAGCUGAACCAGAGGUGAUAGUGGAGGAUGACUAUAGUGACGAAGAAAUUGAUGUAGAUGAGCUUGAGAGGAGGAUGUGGAGGGACAAAAUGCGUCUCAAGCGAUUAAAGGAACAAAGCAAGACUAAGGAAGGAAUUGAUGCAGCGAAGCAGAGGCAGUCCCAAGAACAGGCAAGGAGGAAAAAGAUGUCGAGGGCUCAAGAUGGAAUCUUGAAGUACAUGCUGAAGAUGAUGGAGGUUUGUAAGGCCCAAGGAUUUGUUUAUGGGAUAAUUCCGGAGAAAGGAAAACCUGUGACUGGGGCAUCUGAUAAUCUUCGUGAAUGGUGGAAGGAUAAAGUUAGGUUUGAUCGCAAUGGUCCAGCUGCCAUAGCCAAAUAUCAAGUAGAUAAUGCAAUCCCAGGGAAGAAUGAUGGAUUCAAUUCUAUUGGUCCGACCCCACACACCUUGCAAGAGCUACAGGACACGACCUUGGGUUCUCUCUUGUCAGCACUCAUGCAACACUGUGAUCCCCCUCAAAGGCGGUUCCCAUUGGAGAAGGGCGUUCCUCCACCAUGGUGGCCCACUGGAAAUGAAGAGUGGUGGCCUCAAAUUGGUUUACCUAAAGAGCAAGGUCCUCCACCUUACAAGAAACCUCAUGACCUGAAGAAGGCAUGGAAGGUUGGUGUUCUUACUGCAGUCAUCAAGCACAUGUCUCCUGAUAUUGCCAAAAUUCGGAAGCUUGUGAGGCAAUCCAAAUGCCUUCAAGAUAAAAUGACAGCCAAAGAAAGUGCAACCUGGCUUGCAAUCAUCAAUCAAGAGGAGGCCACAGCACGAGAGCUUUACCCUGAUUAUUGCCCACCAUUAGCCUCAGCUGGAGGUAGUGGAUCUUUGGUCAUCAAUGAUUGCAGUGAGUAUGAUGUUGAAGGGGGCGAGGAUGAGCCGAACUUUGAUUUGGAAGAUCGGAAACCUGAGAAUCUUCACCCAUCCAAUCUUGGGAUGGAGAGAAUAAGGGGAAUACUGCCAGUUCAGCAGCCUUCUUUCCCAAUCAAGGGAGAGGCCGUAACAAACUUGGAUUUCAUUCGGAAGAGGAAGAUCUCUAGUGACUUUCACAUGAUGAUGGAUCAGAAAAUUUACACAUGUGAACACCCUCAGUGCCCUUAUAGUGAAGUUCGCCUUGGUUUUCAAGACAGGAGUUCUAGGGACAAUCACCAAUUGAAUUGUCCUUAUAGAGGAACUUCUUCAGAUUAUGGUGGUCAAAAUUUUCAUGUUAAUGAGGUAAAGCCAGUCAUAUUCCCACAGUCCUUUGUUCAACCCAAAUCUACUGCUCAUUCUGUUAAUUUGGUUCCACCAUCAUUUGAUCUAACUGGACUUGGAGUUCCAGAAGAUGGCCAGAAAAUGAUUAGUGACCUUAUGUCAGUCUAUGAUACAAAUAUUCAAGGUAACAAGAAUAUGAGUUGCAGUAACCGUGUAGCUGCAGAAAAUCCAAACAUUGCUCGGCCCGGCAUUCAGCAGCAACGGGACAAUAUCUUUCGUGGUCAAGGAAUUGUUAUGGAAGGAAACUUCUUUGAAGAAGCCAGCAUGUCCAAUAAUCAUCACAUGUUUGCAAGAGAGGAAGGUCAAUUUGACCGGUUCAAAGCUUUGAAUUCUCCAUUUGAGACCAAUCAAAACAACAAUAAUUUCCCUUUAAUGUUUGGGUCCCCUUGUGAUUUGGCAUCCUUUGAGGAUAUGCAAGGAGUAGGGAUGGAUGCUCUUCAGAAACCGCCAGAUAUUUCAAUAUGGUACCAGUGAAAAUGACAAAAAUGAAAUUGGGAAACUCAUUUAUCAUGGACUCUUUUGUUUUCCUUCAAAGGGUGGGCUUCCCUGAUCAUGUGAAGUUCCCUUGGCAGAAAGUUUUCACUGCAAUUUUCUUGACAUGUAAUCCUGUAGGUUAACUAGAUAUUUUAUGUUUGGCAGGUUUGGUAUGGGUUAAUAAAAACUUGUAUUGUUCCCGUAAUUUAGCCCUUUGGUUAUGUGUGUUUUUACUUUUUACCAGUGUAGUCUUGUUACCUAAAAUUAUUCCAUGUAAGACUGUGUUAUAAAUAAGAUAUGA